AUGACCAGCAAGAAAGCCCGGAAAGACGGUCCAAAGCAUGUUCAGAAGCAGGUACGGCCAGAUCGGAGACCGUCGCCGAUGAGCAGUGUCGAGCAGAGAACAGCAGCAACGUCAUCCAAGGAAACUAAGCAAUCUGCCAAGACAGCCUCCCCCGAUACUGCCUGUCUGCACCAAUCCUAUCCUGCCGGCAUGGCCACACCCGAGGUGUCUCCAGAGGAGCUCGACUUGGAUCUUCACGGGCUUCCUUGCCUCCCAACGAAUACGAGGGAACAAAAAGGACCGUGA